ACCUCUUGUUGACAUUUCAUUACGUAAGUCAAUUUUUCUAAAGUUUUCUAAUCCAUUUAAUAAAAAUGGUAUUCGAAAGGUUCUUGAAAUUCCCUAAAAUAUUUUCAGUAAAGGCUCAAGACGAUGAUGAAGAACUAGUGGAUCCACAGGAAACUUUAAGGGAGAAGUGUAGAGACACAGAACACUGCCAAAAACUAGCUGAGAAGUACCAAGCAUGUAAUGACAGAGUUAAUUCUAGAUCACGUACAACUGAAACCUGUGUUGAAGAACUUUUUGAUUUACUGCAUGCUGUAGACCAUUGUGUGACCAAAGACCUCUUCAGUAAAUUAAAAUAAGUUAAUAUUAUUUUGUAAAUUAUUGAUGUUAUGGAGUAAGUAGAUAAUUUAGAAGAAAUAAACAUUAUUACAUAGU